UGCUACCUGAGUCACACAGCAGCUUUCUGUCUGUCGAGCUGGUGAAUGGCUGCAACAACCCGGGGAAUUAUGUUUUGAAGACCACACAGGAGCCCACAUUUGAUUAAUUGAGCGGUUAAAUUAGAUUAUACUUGUUGUUAAUGCAUAACAGCUGUCGAAAUGUUUGGAUAGGUCUGGAAGUCGGGAAUUACUUUUUGCAGGUGUCCCGAGAAUAAAUCGUUGGCAGACCGUUACUGAAGGCUUUCUCGGGUCUCAUACAUUCACUGAAACGCCUUCUGUUCUCCAGCCGGCCACAUCCCUCCGCCGGGGGCAUGAACGCGGAGGAGCAGUCCCGGCUGCGGUCCCUCUUCCACGCCUACGACUUGGAUAACUCCGGGCAGAUCGAGAGAGGAGAGUUCCUCAACAUCUGUGCGGAGUUGGAGGUGUCCCAGGCGGAGGCUGACCAGAUAUUUAACAGAUUGGACGUGGACAACGACGGAGCCGUCACCCUGCCAGAGUUUAUCAGCGGCUUCUACGACCGCUACGGAGAGGACAUGGAGUCCGACGGAGGAGACGGGUCCGCCGCCUGGGAGAACUUCGAGAGGAGGCUGGGCGAGCAGGCCAAGUUCAUCCCCAGGAAUGAACAAGCCGCUACGUUGUACGAGAACAUCAGCCUGAAUGAGCCCAGACUGAUAAACCAGUUUGAGAAAGUCAUCAUAAACUUUACCAAAGAGAUCAGACAGCAGAACUCAGAGAUGGAGAACCUGGCACUUGCCAUCAAACGAGCGCAGGACCAAGCCUCAAUGCAGCUCAGUGAAAUGGAGGAUGAGAUGGACCAACGCAUUCAUGCUGCUGAGAGAAAAACACAAGAGCAGGAGAAAAAACGAACAGAGGCUGCACUGAGUGAGCUGCGCAGAAGUUAUGAAACCGAAGUGUGUGAGCUGCAGUGUAAGAUCCAGAGGAUGCAGAUGAUCGAGGAGAAAUACAAGAACAUCACGGUGAAGGACGAGAGCCCAGCGCUGAAGAAGAAGAUCAAUGAGCUGACCCUGGAGAACCAGCGUUUAAAACAAGAGCUGUUGAAGUCUCAGACCAAAGUGGCCUGUCUGCGCAGUGAAAUGGACUCUCUGAAGACGGAGAUCACAGACCAAAGCAUCAGCUCUGAACACGAUGAGGAGCUCAUGAAACACUUCGCUGACGAGCGGGACAUCCUGGAGAGCCAGAUUGAGAUUCUGCAGUCAGCCAACAGGAAGCUGCAUGACAGCAACGAUGGCCUGAGAUCCACCCUGGAGAGGAGCAACCGGUCUGGUAACGUUGGAUCACCAGGAGAAAUAAAGGAGAGAGCAAGAAGUAAAAGCAUCUGCUUCACAUCACCCUAUGCACUAAUGGAUCGGUUCAGCCAGCGUAUGGAGGAUUUCCCUCCUGUGUACAGCCGCCGGCCCAGCUGUGACACUCUGGCGUUGGCUAUGUGUGACCCGGGCCUGAGGCGCAGAGACAGCAGUGAGUGUGAGGAGGACAGCCUGCCUGAAGUCUACACGGACAGCGGCCUGUCCACACUCAGAGGAUCACACGGAGGCUACGACUCAGAGCAGGAGGUCAAAAGUCUAGAAGAAGAGGACAGGAGGGAGGAGAAGACAGAGGAGGAGGACAACCAUGACAGCAUGAAUGAACACAACUCUGACACUGAUCCAGCAGAUACUCUGGACGGUGAAUCUGCUUUCGGGUCAGACAGCAGCUCAGUUUUGGACUGGAACCCUGAAUCCAUUAGCGUGGUCAAACCCCUGACCACCAGGAAAGCCCUCAGUGCCAUCAGUGUUCAGAAGGAGGACAAGGACAGCGCUGACCUGGGCUACAUGACGUCAGAGAAGGCCUACAGGAUCGUGUUGGCAGGAGACGCAGCUGUGGGGAAGUCCAGCUUCCUGCUUCGUCUCUGCAAGAACGAAUACAAACUGAACUCCAGCGCUACACUGGGAGUGGAUUUCCAAAUGAAGACACUAAUCGUUGAUGGAGAGCCCGUCUUACUACAACUAUGGGACACUGCGGGACAAGAGAGGUUUCGCAGCAUUGCAAAGUCGUAUUUCCGCCGGGCAGACGGUGUGUUGCUGCUGUACGACGUCACCUGUGAGAAGAGCUUUCUCAAUGUUCGAGAGUGGGUGGACAUGAUCGAGCAGGAUGUGUCCCAGGAAGAUAUUCCCAUCAUGCUUGUGGGUAAUAAAUGUGAUCUUAGACAAGAUGGCACCAACUGUGUCCCUACAAGCUAUGGAGAGAAACUGGCCAUGACCUACAACACUCUGUUCUGUGAAACUAGUGCCAAAGACGGCUCUAACAUCCUGGAGGCCGUGCUGCACCUCGCCAGGCAGGUAACAAAACAGGCUGCUUUUGAUGAUAAAGAUCAGUAUCAGUCGCUGCACAAGUUAGAUGCUCCCAGGAAGAAACCCAACUUCUCCUGCUGCACCUGAUCACAUCUAUCUGGACCUCAUCACAGGUGGAAAAAGGACUACAAAUGCAGAAACCUGCCAAAACAGUGUGUGAAUAACUAAAACAACUAACAUGUGUAUAAAGUGAGCAAACAAACAUGGGAUAACUGCAGAAUACCCGCAACUUCUUACUGUUCAGAUUUAACUUGUAACAUGUAUUGAGCUGUUAUUUCAGCUUUGUGUCUUACUGUUCUUUAUUAUAUGGAUGUUUUAUUCAGUGGAACCUCUUGCCAUGUGAAAGAUAUGUUCAAUUUUGUUUUGCUAUUAUAUAUAUAUUUACAUAAGUUCCUUCCACAUAUAUGAUUUGGUAUGCCCAAAGAGACACUGCCAUGCUGUGAAGAAACUCCAAUCAAAUCAUGAAAACAGAAAGACAGCUGUGAAAGUGAAGUCAAAUGUGUGAGAAGGAUUUGAAAGUAUUUGAGCAUGUUUUUAGUAAGAUUAGUAUGUUACAAUUACACAUACAGGUGAUGGAGGAUCGAUUUGAGCAUAGCGUAAUUGUGAGCGAAUAAGACAAUUAAGAAUGGACUCUUAUCUAAUUGAUAACUGUGGCACUUAUUGAGUUACCUCAUGUAAGUGCCAGUUUGUUUUUGAUUAUGCCACACAUAGUGUCAAACUUUAUGCAAAUGAACUACAUCAAUAUGAAAUGAAGAUACUAAGAAGUAUGGGAGAACUUAAAGCAAGUACCUCGUCUUGCUCAUGAACGAUGAGCUCUGGUUCAAUGUGUGUUAGUAUGAGACUUAAUUAUACUUGCUCGACCCACUGUUUUUGUUAUAUUACCCUACAGUGUUACAUUUAUUUUGACUUUGAAAUCGGGAUGAAUAUCAUACUGCUAUAGAAAUUAUGUUUUUAGUUGAAUGUUUUGCAGAUCGUUUCCAAUUUGCACAAAUGCUUUAAUUAACCUCUGUAUUUUAUUUUCUGGUACAACAAAAGUAAGGUGUGUAUAAGAGAUGUGGCAGGUAUAAUAACCUUAUUUCUAUCGGAUACAGGACAUGACUGUAAAUCAAAUGUUAUCUUGGCAAAUUUUCACUACUGAUCUUGUAUAAUUCGUCUUAUUAUUUUAUAAUAAUAACUCCAUGUGUUAUGCAAAUGUGCUUAAACGGCGUGUAUAUACGUGCAUAUGCCUUAAAUCUAAUGUUCAAACAGCACCAAUCUUUGUUACAUUAGAUUUGAGGGGAUGUAUCUGCUGACAGCUUUGUUUUCCAAACUUAUUUUGUAGAAUUUCGAUUGAACAAAUAGUAGAUAACAGUUUCCAUUUCAAGCUUAUUUUCAUAAAGUAAAUGUUAAACAGAUUACGUAAAGGAAAUUCAGAAUGAGAAUUGCUGUCAGAAAAAAACAAAAUACAUGCACCGUUGUGACAAAGUAGGAAGAUGAUGUCAAAUAUAAAGAACACACAUGUAUACCACACCUUAUAAAGUGUAUACACAACAAUACAAGAAAAUCAACUACUCAGAUUAGAGCCAACAGUUUUGUAACUAUAAUGCAACUUCUCUACUCUGACAAUCUGAGGGCCAUUUUACAGCGAUUGACCAGGUGUGGGGAAAUUAAAAAGCAAGCAUUGUUUGAACUUCUUUCAUUAUUUACACAAUUAUUUCCCUGCCUCAUGGUGCUGUACAUACACCAGCAAAUGUGAAUGUAGCAUUGAACCUGUUGCUUGGCUAUUCCAACAAGGACAAAACUUCUUUAUGAAUAAAUGUCUCAAGAGAUGCAACUGUA